AUGGGAUCUCCUGCUUGGACACAAACGCCACCGUGGAUCUGGCUACCCACACAUAGUGAGGAUGAGAGUCAACCCGGUCGGUAUUUCCUGUUUCGCAAAAGCUUCCAGUGGACUCGACCGUAUGGGCUUCGCGAGUUCCUUGUUCAUGUCUCUGCCGAUAGUCGAUAUCGGCUUUUUGUGAAUGAGCAACGUGUCAGUUUGGGCCCUUGCAAGAGUUACCCAGAACGUUGGUAUUAUGAGACGGUUGAUAUUUUACCCUAUCUCACAGAAGGGGAAAAUGUCAUUAGUGCACGCGUCUUGCGGUACUCCUGUGUAAAUACUGGUUCUUCGUCGAUAGGACUUUCGGUGUCUACGGAUGCUUCGUGGAAGUGUCUGCAAGAGAUGACUCGUCAAAUUAUUCCGCAUUCAGAAUGGAACUUUCUCCUGGGCCCACCGUUCAUGUCGAACAAUGAGAGAGUAACAGAAUCCCGAACGCUUUCUGGCUGGAAGCAACCAGCCUUUGACGACAGUACCUGGGAGCACGCAACCUUCCAGUUUCGUCCUGUCAAAAUGCUUCCAAUACAGCGACCAUGGAAGUUGACCGAACGGCCUAUUCCCGCUCUCCCUGAGAUUUCUGGAACCUUUGAUGGAGUUGUGAAAUGCGUUGGUCCAACCACCCAUGACCAAUGGAAUGGUUUCAUCAAAGGAGAACAGGAACUGAUUAUCCCUGCUGGAGAGACUGUCAUUGUCGACAUUGAAUGUACAUCUUUGACUACGGCAUUCGUCAACCUUCAAUGUGGCGAGGGACUUGGAUCAAUAAUCACAUUUCUUUACUCUGAAUGCUACGAGAAAGAUCUCGGGAUUGAAAUCGCUCCUUUCCCAAUGCCAAGAACCAAGCUCCUCAGGUCAGAUUCUACCGGCAGGCUAUAUGGAGUGAAAGAUAGCUAUACAGUGGCCGACGGCCAAGCAGAACAAACAUUCGAACCAUUCUGGUUCCGAGCAUUCCGAUAUGUGCAACUACACAUCAAGACAUCAUCCCAACCUCUCAAGCUCAAGAGCUUUUCUCUACGCGAGACAUCAUACCCGCUGGAUAUCACCACUGAAAUCCAGGCCGGACCAGAAAUAAACAAGAUCUGGGAUGUCAGCCUACGGACUCUCCAGAACUGCCGACAUGAAACAUAUGAAGACUGCCCAUUCUAUGAGCAAAAUCAAUUUGCAUCUGAUUCUCGACUCCAAAUGCUGUUCACAUACCAACUAUCAUCAGACGAUCGCCUCGCCAGAAAAACGCUAGAAGAAUUUCACGCCAGCCAGUGCUCAGAUGGGUUGAUCAAAGCUCAAUUUCCGGCUGGAUUCAACAGUAAACAAAUCCCCCAAUUCUCAUUAUACUGGGUUGCCAUGGUAUGGGAUCACAUGCAAUAUUUCGCGGACAAAGCGGUUGUGCGGCGGUAUUUGAGCACCAUUGAUGGAAUCCUCCACCAUUUCGAUGAGCGCAUCAAUAAACUAGGUCUGGUCGGUCGGUUUGAAGAGGAUACAUGGCCUUUCAUCGAUUGGGUAAAUCAAUGGUCUGUCCCGGGCAAGAUCUUCCAAUCGUGCAUGCCUCAAGCAUACAACACUACCGGCGCAGCGACAGUCAAUAGUCUUCUAUAUAUCGUGGCGCUGAUGCAAGCCGCCGAUCUAUGCAAAUUUAUGGGACGAAAGGAUACAGCCUCUGAAUAUUCCAUCCGAGCACAGGCCCUCCGCGAAGCGGUAAAUACGCAUUGCUUCGCAGACGGCUUCUACCUAGACGGCCCAUCAACAAAAGAAUACAGCCAGCACAGCCAAGUAUUCGCCGUCCUCUCGGAAACAAUAACCGGCACAGUAGCUCGAGACCUAAUGGUCCGAACAAUGUACGAUUCCGCACUGGUACAGUGCUCCAGCGCACUACAAUUCUACGUGUUCCGCGCAGUGGAAAAAGUCGGCCUGUACACUCAGAUGUUCCCUGCUCUUCUAAAGCCAUGGAGACGGAUGCUGGCGGAUGACCUAACGACAUGGGCUGAGUUCGAGGAGAAUCCUCGGAGCGACUGUCACGGGUGGAGUGCAUGUCCAGUCAACGAAAUCGUUACCCAAUUGUAUGGUGUCAAGCCGUCCAAGCCGGGUUUCUCGCGUCUCCGCAUUGAGCCACAGAUGGAUCUUAUGCCGACGGGCGAAGGGACAUUUGCGACUCCUGCGGGGGAAAUUAAGUUGAAGUGGGUGGAAGAUGGGAAUCUGGAGGUGGAGAUUUCAAAAGAUAUUGAGGCCGAGGUUGUGUUUAGGGGGUCUGUUUAUAUUGUGAAAUUUGUGGCUGGGAAGACGGUCAAUUUCCUCAAGGAGACGGAGUCUAUGGUUAUAAUUUGA